UUUUUUUUUUUUCUGCUGGCCCAAACAGUAUGUCUCAUUUUAUCGCUGGUAAGUUUUUCAAAGCAAGAAUGUCUUUCAAAAUAAAUACUUGAGGAGUACUCUGGCUACGAGUCACGCAGACCCGUAAGUCACAAAUACUUUGCGGUGCCGGUCUCCUUUUUCAGUCUCUCCGCCGUCUUCGGUCGCCGCCAAGGGCUGCCGGCUCCGGCCGGGGCCCGCUGAUCGCGGCUGUGGCCGCAGCGGCAGCGACCCUCCCGGAAGCUCCGAGGGGCGGUGGCGCCCGGGGGCCCGCCCCGGCAGCCGGGGCCGUUCCGUCCCGUCCCGUCCGAGGGCGUUUUGGAGCCUUAGCGAAGCCAGUGCGGCCCGUCCGCCUUGAAGGCCGUGGAAGAUGGGUUUCCUGCCCAAACUUAGCGGUGCGGUGGCGGGCCGGGGCGGGGGUGCCUGGCGGCGCUGGAGCCGACCCUGUGCGGCCGUCCUGCUCCCGGCCCCCCGCGGCCGCGCCGCCUCCUCCCGGGCGCUCGGCAAGUACGGCGAAGUUUUUCGCUCCUGCCUGGCGGAGCCCGAGAAGGUCUGGGGAGAAGUCGCCGAGCAGAUCCAGUGGUACAAGCCCUGGGUCCGGACCCUGGAGAGGAGCAGCAUGGGGAGCGGCUCCUGGUUUGUAGGUGGAGAGCUGAAUAUCUGUUACAACGCUGUAGAUCGUCAUGUUGAGAAUGGACGAGGAGACCAAAUUGCCAUUAUUUAUGACAGUCCUGUAACAAAUACCAAAGACAAAAUAACAUAUAAGGAACUUUUGGAAAAGGUCUCCAAGUUAGCUGAUGUCAUGAUCAAACAUGGUGUGAAGAAAGGAGAUCGUGUGGUUAUCUACAUGCCCAUGAUUCCACAGACAGUGUACUGUAUGCUGGCUUGUGCAAGAAUAGGAGCCAUCCAUAGCCUCAUUUUUGGUGGAUUUGCAUCUAAAGAGCUUUCAGUUCGCAUUGAUCAUGCAAAGCCCAAACUUAUUGUAACAGCAAGUUUUGGAGUAGAACCGAAAAGGAAAGUGGAAUACUUAUCUCUCCUAGAAGCAGCACUGGCAAGGGUACAGAGCAAACCUCAUAAAGUUCUCAUUUACCAACGACCUAAUUUGGGCCAUGUUCCUCUUACCAAAGGCCGUGAUCUUGACUGGGAAGAAGAGCUUGCAAAAGCCCAGUGUUCAAAAUGUGUCUCUGUUCCCUCAGACCAUCCACUUUAUAUUCUGUAUACAUCUGGAACAACAGGUUUGCCCAAGGGUGUUGUGAGACCAACUGGUGGCUAUGCAGUUAUGCUGAACUGGACUAUGUCAGCUGUGUAUGGACUCAAACCUGGUGAGGUAUGGUGGGCAGCUUCUGAUUUAGGCUGGGUUGUUGGUCAUUCCUACAUUUGCUAUGGACCUCUCCUUCAUGGUAAUACUACAGUUCUGUAUGAGGGGAAGCCUGUGGGAACACCAGAUGCUGGUGCCUAUUUCCGUGUGCUAGCAGAGCAUGAAGUAGCUGCCUUCUUUACUUCACCAACUGCAAUUAGAGCAAUCCGUCAGCAGGACCCUGAGGCAGCCUUGGGAAAGCAGUACUUGCUGAAAAGGUUCAGGAUGAUGUUUGUAGCUGGUGAGCACUGUGAUGUGAACACACUAGAAUGGUCAAAAAGAGUCUUCAAGGUACCUGUCUUGGACCACUGGUGGCAAACUGAAUCUGGUUCUGCAAUUACGGCUUCCUGCAUUGGUUUGGGGAACUCUACAACACCUCCACCCGGACAGGCAGGAAAACCAGUGCCAGGAUAUAAUGUCAUGAUUCUGGAUGAAAAUAUGAAACCAGUGAAGGCAAAGACUUUGGGAAAUAUUGUGGUAAAGUUGCCUUUGCCUCCUGGAGCAUUCUCAGGUCUUUGGGAAAAUCAAGAAGUAUUUCAGAAGUUAUAUUUCCAAAAGUUUCCAGGAUAUUACGAUACCAUGGAUGCUGGUUAUAUGGAUGAAGAUGGCUAUCUGUAUGUCCUGUCUCGAGCUGAUGAUGUGAUCAAUGUUGCCGGACACAGAAUUUCUGCAGGUGCGAUUGAAGAGUGUAUUCUCUUCCAUCCCGCUGUGGCAGACUGUGCUGUUGUGGGCCAGGAGGAUCCUGUAAAAGGACAUGUUCCAUUUGCACUGUGUGUACUGAAACAAGGUGUAAAGACACAAGAGAGUAAGGUUUUGAAAGAGAUUGUUGAGCGAGUUCGGACCAACAUUGGUCCAGUAGCAGCUUUUCAGAAGGGGAUGUUUGUGACACAGCUACCAAAAACACGCUCCGGCAAGAUCCCACGUUCUGCUCUUUCUGCACUUAUAAGUGGAAAGCCGUACAAGAUAACACCAACCAUUGAAGAUGCUAGUGUGUUUGAACACAUUGAAGGAUUGCUAAAGAAAAACUAAAUGGGAUAAUAUAUAAUAAUGAGUAUUUCAGUUAUUCAAGUAUACAAAUAAGCUUUUUUUUUUGUUUAGAGUACCACAUUUUAAAAGCAAGUAAUGAUUUGGGACUGAAUGUUUUUAGUGCGGAAACAUUACUGUGUUCUUUGCCAUCUUGCCACAGCCACUGACACAUAAUAAAGUCUCUGCCUGCUGUCAGUAUAUGCUGGUUAUUAAGAUAGCUAAGAAUUGCAAAUAGAAAGGAAUCAUUGUAUUAUUCAUCUUAUAUGGUGUCUUGUAACCUUACAUUUCAAUCUGUUAUUUUAAAAUGUGACCAGUAACUUUUCUUUGGCUAAAGCAGCUUACAAAAGAAAACCAGGAACAGAGGAGAGCAAAAAAGGAAUUUGAUUGUGAAAAUUGAUGCAGGCAUAAAUUGUUAUUACUUUUAAAUUGUAAGUUCUUGUCUUUUAGAUUUUUUCUAAAAUUUAAAAUUUUAAGAUAAGUUCUCUUGAUUACAUUUUCUUUGUUUUCCCCCAAAGUCUUUCUGCCAUAAAUUAGAUUUCUAUAAUUUUUUUACUCAAUAACUUUCUGAAUAGUCUUUUUUGUAAAAUGAUAAAUAAUUCCUGGCUUUCAAAUCUGUGAAAAUCUUGAUUUGUCCACUGUAAUAUUCAGAAAACCCCAUGUGUAUUAAAUAGAGGCAGGCAUUUAUCCUUUGCAUUUUCUGGUAAUUUUUUUGUGGUUUGUAUCCCUUAUGACAAGGACAACCAGAAUGUGCUUUUGCAGCCAGAAGUAAACAUUUUAGGCUGAGAGACAUAUAACCAAGAAAUUUAGCAAAUAUUGAUACUAAGCAACCCAUUCUGGACUUUAUAGGCCAUUCCAGACAUGUACAGGGUUCUCAACAAGCCAGGGGAUGGACGAUACACUUUUUUGUACAUUACUUCUCAAACUGCAGGUAUUCAAUUGAACAAUAAAUGCAAAAGUCCAUUUAAAAGUAGAUGCUCCCGAAAAAGUAUAAAAGCAGAGAAGUUGCUUAGGCUCGGCAGUGCUUACCAGAGAAAGAGACAGGAAGUAACAGGCAAAUUCAGAUGAUAUUGUUAUAUAAGAAAGAUCCCCAAAAAGGUCCAGAAAUACUGUUAUGUAGUGGUGGGUAGAGGUAAGGAUGCUAUCCCUGUGAAGUGAUGAAAUCAACAAAUUGAUGUAGGAGCUAAAAGGUGAUAGGUUCCACUUAACAUGAACCAUACCGUGGUGGUGCCUUGUGCUUGUGACACUUCUGUGGAGUUGGUGAGCUCUGUCACUUACAUAAGAACUGAAUAAAAUGUCCAUGUGUUUUUCACUAGGGACUGCAUACAGCUGGCCCAGUGAUAUUUACCCAGGUCAUACAGUCAUGGUAAAACAGCCCAGCUUGAGCCUGCACUGUCCUUGUUUCCUGCCAAAUCAUUGCAUAAGGUACCCCCCUCCCUCUCAGCUAUUUGCUUCAGCUGAAAAUCACAAUCUGAACAGGGAAUAAAACAUGCAAACGCUGAGUAAAGGCUAAUGAUGCCUUUAGAUACGCUAAACAUACAGGUUGGAGAUUUAAAAAUGGGAAUAAUUUUGCUCAUCAGCGAUGUCCUUAAACUUUUGUGAAGUACUUCUUAUAAAAGUGGCAGUUAGUUUAAGAUAUUAUUUUCUUCUGGAUGAAUUACUAAAGUACAAAAGCUUUAACAGCAGGUCCAUGCUAGAUGCAGGACUGACUUGCAGAGACUUUUUGCUUUUCAAAAUGCUACAAUUUAGCAAUCUGUGCUACACUGUUACAGAGCAAGAAGGAAUUCUUGGGAGUUGUCAGUGGUGUGGGUUUUUUUUUAAAUGAGUGAGACGCUAGGAGGGUCUUAUUACAAAGAAACUGUGGCACAUUCACAAGGUGUGUGGCCACUGUUUUACAAUUGAAGGUGAGACAUUGUGUAUGUUUGCUAUCCUUACCUGGGUUGCAGCCAUCAUGUAAUUGCAAGAGCAGGGGAGGGGAACUAAUUAGUGAGAGCAAAAAUUCUCUAGAGGAGAUCCUGCAAUGCAUGUAGGAGAAGAGAAUUAAUUUCCUAGACCUUGCAUAAUUUUUUCAAUGGUAGCUCAUGCUCCUACACCAGUUUCUCCAUUUGUAAGGAAAAGUAAAAUGCUUUCUAGUUUGUGUCUCUUCAUUUAAGGAGGUGAAAAAAACCCAUGAAACCCCCAACAGCAUUAGUGAUAGGUAUUUAGGCAUGCACUUACCUUUCUGGAGGGCUACGUGCUUACAUUAAUAAUAGCAAGAAACAAUUAUCUUUGUUUUUUCUUUCUCUCUAUUUUGGUAGAAGUUAUUUCUGAUCAAGACUUGUAUUUUAAAAGAGGGGGGAACAUUCAGGUAUGCUCACUAUGCUGCCAUGAUGGUAAUGUGGAGAAUUCUAGAAAUGUCAAAUGUCUCAUGCGUCAACAUUCAGAAAACAUAGACAAAGAAAGGCAUCUUAUUGCAGCAGUACAGUAUGGGGAAAUCAUUGUUGAAUGGUCAUUGCUUUUGUUUUUCAAAAGAGCCUUUUGCUGAGGAACUGCAAUCGCAGAAUGCUUUGUCUUAGCCAAGCUCAAGAAAGGGAGGAGGAGUUGUUACCCUUGUACAUGGCUCUGCUGGUGCCCAGCAACCUGAGUAUACCAUCAAGAAGAACAAGUCCAUUUAACAGGUGGUAGGACAGCAGUAAUUUUCUUUAUUUUAUUUUUAGAGAGAAGCAGCAAGUGGGUAGAUUUGAAUGGUCAUUGAGUUGCUGAAUUUUGGCUGGAAGAGGCACAUGUAGUAGUUAUUCUCAGUGUACUGAAAGGGUUGGAGCCAAGUAGGCAACAUUUACCAUAACUGCUGUUUCUAGCUGUAGAGGGUAGAGCUUCAGCUUGUGUGAGGGAGACAGGGAUGAAUUGGGAGGCUUGAUAUGUUACCCUUAAAUCAAAUCUGAAGUCACAAUAAUACUCUUUUAAAUUCUUCUAGUCUGUUUGCUUCCACUGUGAAAUAUAUAAUUUGUGUGUGCUGUACUCCUGGGGCAGGACAACUUCACUGGUCAUAAAAUCUGGUUCAUUCUUUUCCCCAACACACUUCAUUCCCCUUUGCCCCCUAAGCUUUAGUGUUGGCUGCAAAAGGAAUUCCAUAAAACGAGCUGCUGUUUAUAAGGAAAUAUGUAUUCACAUGAUAUAGCUGCCACUGACAGUGGCAGUGACAGUGUUUGCAUUGCUUUACUUUGUGAUAUUCUGCCCUAAAAUAAUCCAAAAGGAGGCUGAGGGAGGAGAAAAAUGUUGGUCAAGUCCAAGGAACUGUGUGUACAGGAGCCCUGACUUUCUCCAGUUGUGUGCUAUACCCCUGCCAGCACUUUGCACCCACCAGCAAGAUCUGUGCUCCCUCUCGUGGCAGACUCUCACCAGUAACUCCAUUGUAACUGAUCCCUGUUAGUGCCAAAAUGUUCUUAUGCUUAGCUGUGAGAAGCAUCUGGUUUCCAAACUUAAUGCUGCUAUGUACCAAAUUUAAUAGACUAAUGAACACAAAUAGCACUGAAUUAUCUUUUUUAUUGACAUUGGGGGAGAAAAAUCUUUCACCAUCUGAUUGACCGAAGUUUGCCAAAUAAAAAUAGACAAAACAAAUGUUUAUGUACGUGCAAACAUUGCAGAUCAAACUGCUAAAAGAAAUAACUAAAAGACAGGUCUUGAGCUAAGAUCAAGCAGCAGAAAAAUAGCAAAUAGGUAAAUGACUAUUAAGUAGGUCUUACUUUGAAACUUCCCAUUUAAACAAAGAAUAAACAACAAUAACACCACCAAAUAAAGCCACAGCAGGUAAUAGUUGCUCUUCUAAACUUUUAUACACUAUAUAUUAAUCACUCUGUCUUUCAGUUAUUUCCUCUGAUAAAACUGACUUUUGUGAAGUCUCAGCAAGGCCAUAUUGGCUAAAAGCAUAACGUUAGACAGGAGCCUAUCUAAUGCCCUGUUACAAUGAAGAAAUGGUGGGGGUUGGCUUCUCUUUUCCUUCUUUUUCUUUGCUGAAUAUAUCUGGAAACAAUAAUCUGAUUCUAUGCAAAUAUUAGAUUUACUUUUUCAUUGCUGGCUGGUGUUUGAAGAUCCUGGAACAAAAAGGUGGCUCUUGGUAAAGCAAGAUUCUUCUUGGUCCGCAGGUAACAUAGAAGAAAGUUUUUGGGUUUUUUGUACAAAUCAUGUUUUAUUAAAUUGCUUUUUAGUUUUUUAGAAACAGUCCUUCUAGGUUUUUUUGUGUGUUUUUAAGAGAUGAGCCAUCAUGGUGCUUCUCUGUAGGUAUCUAACAUUUCCAUUUUGUCUUUAGAGGUCCAUUUGGCUUCAGUUCCAGGUUAUGUCAUUCUAUUAUACAUCAUCAGAGGCAGGUGUUCAGCUUUAAAUAUUGACAGAUUUUUCUCAGUAGGAACAUGUUGAAGCUUCUAACUCUGCUAAACAUAUUAAUUUGACUGUUACAAUCCAAAAACUGUAAAAAUGGUGGAAUGGAAAGAUACAAACAGUAUUAUUGACACUGUAUUGUCAAAUGUUUGCACUGAGACCCCAUGUACCAUAGAUUUCAUUUUUAAAAAAAUCAUAUUUAUAUCCAUUUACAUAAGACUUACACUUUUAAAAGAAAUACAUACACAGUAAAUACGUAAAUGUCUAGUAUUUUACAAUAAAACAGAUGUAACAAUGUAAAGAUGAGUGGCUUCAUUUGAUAAAAGCUUUGGAUGUGCACUACUGUCAAAUUUUUGAUGACAGAGAUGCUGAGAGAAAAGGGGGAGAUUGUUUUGUUUUUUCUUUUUUUAUUAGUAAUUUAGGUAUUUUUUAUUCAUGUUUUAAACUAAACAAUACAUGAAAGGAACAUCAUAUCUGUUUGUAUGAUAAACAUUAUAUGUGUUCUCUUCCCUAUUAACCUGUUCUUGCAGAGAGUCUUAAUGCUCUUUUCCUAAGUAGUGGUAGUGCACUUCAGGUAAAGUAGAAGAAAGAGAUGACAUCUAAGGAAAAAAAAACCAAACCAUUAAUUAGCAAGAGUCUAUGAUUCUAAUUCAAUCUAAAAUGAAACAGACAACAGAAAAUAUAACACUAAGUAAGUAGUUUAGUAACUAAGUUACUAAAACAUGGAUUUUUUAGUAUUCAUGGGAGGCAUGUAUUUGUUUAACUUUAGAUCUGCAACAUAAAAUUGCUAAUAAUUAAUUUUAAUCUUCUACUAAUUUUCCUCAGUCAACACAGACUACUUCUUAAGUUCAUUUUACAGUUGUUUUCCUGCUGUUUUGGUGCAGCACUGGGCUUUGUUUCCUGCACCUGGAGACUUUUGUCUGUUUGGCACAAGGUGAAACACAUUUUCAGUGUACAGACAUUGCUGAUGUGCUUUGUGGUUCUUCUUCCUAGUUCACUGCAGCUUGACAGCAUUUACCGUUCUCACCCUGAUGGUUUCUUUGCUAUGGACUAACUGCUUCCAGCUAUCAUUCACAUCUUUUUGGAACACUGCUUCUCCAUUUGUCUUUACAAAUCCUCUUUUGAACCCUUCAUUGGUAAAGUACAUAGCUGAUUUUGCGAAAUCUCUUUUAGUAUUUUAUUGGAAUAAAAGUUAAAGUAAUAUGUUCUGUUGCUCCAGCCUGUGGCAAGAAAUCUGUCCUGAAUGACCCUUCUGACUUGGCAAUGACAAGUGUUUUAGAAGUUAAAAGUGUUGGGAAAGCUUGGAUAAUGUGAGUGCCAAAUCCACUGCCUGUGUAAGGGCAUUGCAGCUGCUCAGCUGGGCCACAACAUCUAGCGACCACAGCAGAAAGCUUGAUGGGUCCUGUGUGCUAUGUAGUACAUUUCUUUGCAACAUUAAAUGGCCAGUACCUGCAGCCUUAAUUGUUCUUAAAUUUCUGAUACCAAGUGCGCUAAAAUAGGCCUGUGUAGAGUACGCUCAUAUAACUGUUCUGAGAAUGUCUGCACAUGGUUUCCAGCAGCUCACUGUGGUUUCAACAAAUAUUAAAGAAAAAAACCACCUGAUGCAGUUUGAAAGCUUAUGAACAGGAUACAGCUGCUAUGAAGAUACACUAUGAAGACACUGGAAAGUUGUACCAAACUGAUGUUGACAUAAACUGUUUUGACAAGCCUUUGACAGUCUUUUUAAGAGAAUGUCUCUUACUCUCAUAAGAGUAGCAGAAUGCAAGAAUCUGCAGCCUGCUGUAAUCACAGGCCAUCUGCAUUUGUUCCAUGUGCAGUCUGUUUGCUGCUUUCUUUUAGGCCUGCUCUUCCUAGGCAUGUUCUCCUUUACUAUAUGAAAAACUCCCUUAUCUCGCUAUUGUGUGGUAGCUUGUCCAGCUAUCCCUCUCCUCUGUUGCUUGGUUCCUGCUUUUGUGCAUGCAGAUACUUCACCAGAGUAUCACAGCUGCUGAUGUAGUCUAGGCAAGGUGUUACAAAAGCCUGGGUCUUAGUCUAAGAGGAAGGUCUUGGUCUAAGUCUGGAAAAUUUCAGGAGGUGUGCUGUAAUGAAUAAUCUUCCCUUUUGCCCAAGUAUCAAUCAGCUCCUUCCAUAAGAAACUGUUAGUCAUGAGCUGUGCUGACAAAAUUCUGAAAAGCCCUCUGUUGCCCUUCAAUCUGAUAUCCCUUCUAUGGGCAGCUUCUGUUUAUGCAUUGAUUCUUGAGUUGCAGACAAUUUUUUUAAAUUUUCAAGUUUGCUAUAAUAGUGAGGGAAAUACUUUCCCUGUAUGUUUGUUUUUUGGGGGGGAGGGGGAGGGGUGGGAUGUUUUGAUUUUCAAUAUAAUGUACUUGAAUCCAAAAUUACUUUAACUUGCUUUUUGGUUUAUUACCUGCAUGGCAUUUUGAAGUUGCCCUUACAGUAAGUGCAUAUACUGAUGUUCUAGUUCACAUCAUCUUGUUCCUUCUAUAAACAAGUAUAUGGUGAGAAGAGAAAUAGUAGUAUAUUGUCAGUUAACCUCAUAUAUUAGCCUUUACAAUGUAGAUACCUUUUUGAAAUCCUUACAGACCACUCAAGCAUUUAAGAUUUAAGCACCAAGUACUGAUGUAAUACAUACCACUGAUAGCUGAAACACUACUAAUACUCCAAUAGAAAUAGGAGUUAAUUUGUAUAGCUUGUAUAACUUUAUAUACACACCUUUUUGCUCAAAAUAAAUACCUUCCAUACAUAUAUAGUGCUAGAGAAGUCUGCUACUUUACUUUUGUUGGUGCUUUGCUACUUUUUAGAUAAUUUUUAAUAUAGUGGGAAUAAAUGGUUUGGAAAAUCUUAAAUUAUUUUUUGUUAGGAUAUCAGUUUUCUAUUUCUGCCUUUGUUGCACUCUUCAAGUCUCACCUCAAGUGUCUGACCCAUUACUGUUGGCCUAAGAGAUAGUUUGGUGUUUGAACUUCUUGGUCAUCUUUAUUGCUUCCAAAAUUGCGAUUCUGAAGUACAGAAGAGGAAAGGUUUGUAUCUCUGCCUUCCACUUCUGUCACCACUGAACCCUGUGAGAGUCCUGUCACUGACUUACUGAUACAAUACCAUGCAUGUCUUGCCUCGAAUAUCCAACAGCUAUUGAAGCAUUUUUGAUGCCUGAUGAGGUUUUGGUGAUAUUCAAAUAUUUUUUUGCCAGCUGCCUUGCAAUUCCCCAAGUAACUAGAUGGAAAUUGUUUUACCGAGAAAAUACUAUCAUAAAAUGGUGCCAUACUGAUGUAACUACUCAUCAUGUGUGUAUUUUUUCCAAAAGCUGGAAUAAAAUAAAAAACUGUAUAUUCACAGAACUCUGGAAAAGUGACUCUGAUAUUCAUAACCAUACUCAAAAGAUAAUAUGGUGAAAAAUGUAACAUGAAUUCCACUACUAAAUUUGAUCCAAAGUUGCAUCCUUUCUUUGUAAAUUCUGAAUUAUUUGAGAAGUGCAGGAAUCUCGGUAAUAGAUAAAUUUUCAUAAUUUUCUGUAUGGAUUAGUCUAUGCAGCUACCCAUUGUUCUAAAUUGAGCCGUAGAUUUAAUUAAAAAAAAAAAAAAAAAAAGUAAAUCUCUUCUGCUUUACUAGUGUUGCCCCCAUUCCAGCUCCUAGUAGAACUCUUUCAAGUUUUCAUAAAGUAAGUUCAUUCCCUGUGCCUUCUCCCCAAAAUAUGGUUGGUAGCAUCUUCUAGACUGAGCUUAAGACUGUUGUCAUGACCAAAUGACCACCCUAGCGAAUCCUUAGUCAUGUCCCUGCUCCAUGCUGGUUCAUGCUUGGCUAAUGUGGGGUGUAGUGCACAGUUAUAAAGAGCAUUCAUGAUGGCCCCUACAGAAUACUCACAACAAUUCAGUGCUGGCUUCUUUGCUAGGCCUUGUCAGCAUGAGUAUGUGCGAACUGUUGAGCUGUCUAACCUCUGCAGUCGUGAUGAAGCAACUGCAAAUUGGGAGGGAAAAAAGAAGGAAACAAACCAGAGCCUCUUUAGAAUCACCAGUAAAAUAUAUCAGUCUGUUUACCACUAGGAGGGUGGCUGUUAAAUUGCUCUGUGGCUUUCUCUAAUGUGAUUUGGGCAUGGUCUAGUUCAAAACUCAGCACUUCUUCACAGCUGAUGUACUGUUGCAAUCUGUCUAAAGUGAAUACAGUUUAAAACUCAUUUUUGCCUUUAUUUUGUUGAAAGUCCUAAUGCUCUUAUCUAUCAUGCUGUUUAAAAUGCUGUUUAAGAGCUUAAAUUCUCUUACCUAUCAGGCUAUUGCAUUCUUACUGCUGGGAGAUAGGAAGCCAAAUCCUGGAUGAAGACAGAGGUCUUCAAAAUUACUUCCCUUUAAGUCUACUCAGUUUAGUAUACCCACUCAAGAAUUAACUGUCUGGAUGACCUCAAGUAAAUCACUAAAUCUGCUUUUCGCCUUAGUUCCACAUCUGUAAAAUGGGAAUAUCAUCUUCUACAUCAUACCAUGACUAGAAGAUGAAAUUCAUUAAUGUUUAUAAGGUUCUUAUAAAUGUGGGAAUAAGGUUCUUAUAAAUGUGGGCUAUGGAAAGGCCAUGGAAGCUAGGAGUCGAUGGCAUUUGCUAACUACUCAUCUACUGGUGACUGUUAGAAACUUCAGUUAUUUUGUGAUCAAGGCUAAGCUAUUUAAUUUGAAAGUAAGAUAGGAAAAUAAAGGUGAUAGCCCUUUCUAAUUGUAUUCUCUAAAACACUCCACCUGCUAGAGAGACUAAUAGAAUGAAAACUUGCUUAGAUAUUACAUUCAGUCUCAGUUGAAAGUCAGUAAAUGAAUUCCAGUCUUUCUGAUUGUUUCCUUUACAGCUACAGGAUAGUGAGAUGGCCAAUAUUUUUUUUUUUUUUUUAUUUUAAAUAAACACUGUCUGAAGCAAAUGUCAGUCUGAAGCAAACCGGAAAAAAAUCAAUAAUAUGCCAAGUCAGUACUUUUCCAUUCCCUAAUUCAACUCUCCCAGACUCAGUUCAUCCUAGUUAAAUGAACGCAAUUGUUGUGGUGUGAAACAGACAUGCGUUAAAAAUCAAUUUGGCACGCUAGGACGAGCCUCAUGCUUUCCAAGAGGAAGUGCAGAAAUGAGCUCGUACCGUCACUCGCCAUCUUCCGCGACUGCCCGGAUGUGGUGGUGAGCCGGAAGCCGGCCGGCAGCGUUUCCGACGCGCCCGGCAUCAUGCUGAUCCCGUGCACCUCGCGCGGGGGGAACUGCCGACGCCAGGAGGGGCCGCGCCUGAAGUUCUUGUCAUCGCUCUGUCAACACAGCAUUGUAUUUGAUAAAGCAAAACGAAGCUUUCUGAUUAACUAUCCUGCUGUGUGCUAUCUCUACCGCUGCCAAAUGUAUUCCGUAAAAACUACCCUGCUCUGUUGCACUGCAUCCUGUCACUGUAAUGUAUUUGAGACAUGCUUGCAAGAGUAAAAGCUUGAGAAAUAUUAAAUGCUGGGGUGGAAAACUCUUCUUAAAUCUUUGGCUCGAUAUAGUCAAGGAUUUAGUAUCAGCUAAAGUAGAACUUUCCUACACAGUGACAGAAAAUGAUUUGUUACUGCAUUAGGAGGCUUACAAAGUACUAAGAAAGGAUUAAACACUCAUGUACAUGCACAGAAUUCAUAGGCAUUUGACAUUUUCAGAAAAUCCUUAAAAGUUUUAUUUCUCCUUAUGUGCAGAAGUCCAAGACUUAAACAUUUUGCACUGGACUCUUAUGUUAAGAUAAAUAAUUUCCGUAGUUGGAUUUGAGAUUUCUUUUCCCAGAUAAGUGCCCCAAAUCACACUCCAAUAAUAUUGAUUAACUUUGAAGAAAAAAAACCAAUAAAGAACAAACUGAAAAAUCUAUUUUUUUUCUUUAUUUUUAAAAAAGUGUAAGUCUCCUAAAGAAUAGAGUUCACAGGCAUCCCACCUACACACAUGCCCCACCACCUGCUCUGGCCAGCAAAACUUCCAUUCUGUAUGUUUCCUCUUUGGAAAAUGUUCAUCUUAAGGUAAGAGUGCAGUGUCAAAUUUAGCAUCUGAGAUGACACAAAUAUGUAGCCAAGAUGGGUUACUUUAAAAACCCUGAUGGGUAUUCCUAUUUUUUUUUUUAAACUGUAACUGACUUUCUUUAACAAUGUGAAAAUUGUCUUCAUGCAUUCAAUUGAAUUUUAAUGUUUUACUAUGAUAUUUUAUAAAUACUGAAAAUAAAAUUAAUUACUUCCUCAAGUCGUCUUUCAGUUCCUAGUGCUAAAAGGUUGUUGUAUUCUCUCUCAAGGAUCUGCCGUGCCUAGAGAUACCAAAGUAAACAAUUAAAAUGGUUGAAGAUAAAUAAAAGGUAAUAAUGGGUACAGAUUAACCAGAAGUAGCAUAAGCAAAUUUACCUGUGUGUUUUGUGUUGGAAUCUGUAAUAAUAAAGCUAAACUGCUGUAGUCAAAGUUUUCAUCCAGUGCUAUAAGUGAACCAUGUACACCACUUUCUAGAAUAUUAUUUGCAUAUUCUCGGAGGCCAAUGGCUUGUAUCCAGCGUAUGACUCGAUCAUUGCUCCAUACCAGCACAUCUGUAAGGACAUUACACCAGGUCAGUCUUCUGUUGAGAACUCCCAAAUUUUGCAGGUGCAUGUGUGUAGCUGUGCAUGCACUGUGGUGUCUUAGUGCUUUAUUUCACACAUGAGGAAUGCCAGCGCUAUUCAUACAGCUUUAGUAUGUCCUACUCAAAAACUACGUGAUGAAUUAUCUUCAAGUAAUAAUGUUUCCAAAGGAGAAAUCCCUGCUUCCAGAGGGGAUCUCCAUAAUGCAAUUCCUCCCACUUCCUAUAUAUACCUUUUCAAUUUGUAGGCAGGAUUUUACAGUGCAAAGACACCAGAGAAGUAUCCAUUCCUCAAGGCUUCACUUGUGAGUUUUGUAUUAAACAUUUUGGGAGUUGUGUCAGCACCCAUCACAUACUAACAUGCCAGAAAGUACAAGAUUAGUGCACAAUUUUAGAGACAAACUAUUUUUAGUACAGAAAGCUGGCAGUUCCUAAGGUCCAUACCAACUAUAAAGCUAAGGCAACAAAAUGAGCUAGGAAACCAUUUUUGAGGAUUUGGCUAUUCUGAAAAAGUAUCCUGCCCUGCCCUUAAGAUAAAAAAAAGUUACUUAUACUGAUCUUUAGAGUUGUAAGUGGGAGACAUAGUACUGAGUUUUUUUUGCUAAGUGUUGAGGCUUAUUCCUGAGCCUUUACAAGUCCAGCUGCUAUGGCUGUUCUGGGAGCAGGAUUUCUCCAGCACCUGGCUGAGAGCAUCUCACUUUUUGGAUCAGCUGAAACACAGUGGCAGGCAGAGACCAAAUCCCACCUGGGACCAUGAAUAACUGACAGAUGCACAACAAGGUGAAGGAGGCUAUGGAUGAUUACCCUUGUCCUAGCUAGAACCGGCACUGAAGCCACAGCCGAAUUUGAGACCAAUACCCAAUUUUCCUAUGUCAGUCUCCAGCUAAACCCACUUGGGCUGACUGGCACUGAUGCCUGCACGUCCAAGGCAAAGUCUCUGCAUUAGUGCAUGCCAUGAUGUGCCUUGAGCAAAUAAACACUGUCAACUGUAGCCCUUCAACUUUUUUUUUUUUUUUAAGCUCUUCUAAUCAGCAUUGUUCUUUAGAAGUGCUAACUAGUCACUAGAGCUGGAAAAGCUCAAAGGAAUCAAAGGAUUAAUUUCUGAUAGUUGAAAAAACCCCAGCCACCCUAAUUGUUAUAUAUAAAAAGAACCAUGCAGUGAGCCUGCAACUGCUCUAGAGAGAUUUACACAGAAAAAAAAAUCUUCAGAAUCAGCUGUGAAAUCUUCUACUAAGGCCAGUUUUGUUAGGAACUAUUCUUAUGUAGCAAUCAACUGCAUGGUCAACCCUCCAAGCAGCAUUUUAUCAUAAAUUCUGACAUAAAAAAUCAAAGGCAAAGGUUUUCAAAGCUGGGGCAUAGUGUUAGGGUCCUGAGUGCUCCCAGUUUUUUAGUGUUGCCCCCAGCACAUUGCACUAAGCUGCACACUGUUUGGCCUUCUGUUUCUACGCCUGAAAGAGUCUCAGGUAAGAUCCAUAUCCAAAGUUCAAUUUAGCAAAAUGUAUGUGUAAAACCACCAUUCAGAAUUGCAGCCCCAAUUUAGCAAAGUACUUAACUGUGCCUAAUUUAAGGAGAUAGGAUUUGUUCUGAAGAAAGAUGGACUUAAGUUAGUUUUGCUUAAAGCACAUGCUUAAAUGGCAUGACAAUGAGUUAACAGUGUCAAUCUUCAAAAGAAGAAACAUUCCCAGUAUUCAUUCCCAGGAACUAUCACCUUUUAUUUCAUGCUGACUCAUUUCUCUUCUCUUUUCCAGUUCUUUUCUAUCAUAAUUCAACCUCUUUAAACACAUGAUUCCAUAUUGCAAGCUUGUUCUGUUAUUUAAAAAGAAACAUUUACAGAGUUAAUAAAGAUAAUUUUGAAGAUGGGAACACAUGUAGGAUGUAUUUCCUGCACUUCACAUGAGGUGUUUCAUAGUACCCAUGUAUGAAAUCUUGAGAACAGAGGGGAGAGCAAAACCAGUAAAAAAACUCCACAGACUUCAGGAAUGAAAUGGAAAAAACCAAAAUGAGUAUGUUUGAAUAACUGUUUUAGCAUAAGAAACCCAAAGCACUAAAAGACGUAAAAGACCUGAAAAGGUCAGCCCUUGUGAGCCAUGAAAUGUUUUGUCAAAUCAGGCUUUUAAAAAGUGACAAAUCAGACAGUAUAUUAAAAAGAAAUCCACUUCUUGUCACAUAAACCUCAUUCUCCCUAAAGUUUAAAUGCCUUUAUUUCCAUAUUUCCAAUUUAGCUUCCUAGCUAUAUCCCUAGGUAACCCAACAACUGUCAAAUUGCUUGUAUUGUUAACAGCUUUUAUGUGCUACACACAAUAGCUUUUCAUUAUUAUGAGAUCUCAGGGCUUUGAAGCUUAGUCUAACACUUUCUGAUACUUCACACCACUUAAAUUAUUACCGUUUCUGUAUUGUCAAGAGUCUAUUGAUAUAUUAAUGGUUCCCUGCUCAAUACAAAAUUUAUCUGUACCAGUAUCUUGGUUUUUAGAGACAUAAUUGCAAUGUGGUUGCUAUUACUAAAGAAAUCUCUCUCAAUUCAGAUUUCUGAUAGUCAGCUCUCUCUUUUCUGUAUGUUUUUCCACACCAAAACAACAGAAAGUUUUUUUAUUCUGUGGAACACUGAGCACUAGAGCAGACACAUAAGCAUUUUGAUGGGUGUAGUCUUUAUGCCAACAUACCGAUGAAAACUAUCCACCAUUUUUAGAUGCACACGCAGGUCUUUCUUUGUCAGGUGGUCUAACAUCCUUGCAUCUACCAGGCAUUCCAUAAAAUAACUUCGGUACUGAGGUAAACCCAGGCUGGGGAGCCAUUCGUUACCUAUCCAUUCAUGGUUCAUAUCACCAUAAGCCAGGGUCUACAGAGAGAAGAAAAUGGAGAGGGGGAAAAAAUUCUUGAGUUUUUUCAAGACUGCACCACAGACUGAAAAAAUAUGUCCAAAAGAAAAAAAAAAUGUUUUAAAAAAUUAUGUCUAAAAUAAAUUAGUAAUUCUGGUUUUGCUUUGUUUUAACACUGGAAGAGUGAGCCACUGUGAGAUAUUUGUUAUGGACAGCCUGUUUUGCCUGUUGUAUUUUGUUUUCUUAUGUAAUUUUUUUUCAAUUUUGAGUUUUAAAUGCAAGCAGACUUGUUGUACAAUGAAAAUAUGUGUGUUUCAUAAUCUUACUUGCUUUCAAUUGACCUUCUAGAAUAUUUAUACUAGUCAAACCCUGAACUGUAAACUGGUAAUACAAACAUGGCUCCAGAUAAUCCACUGAGGCUUGUUUCUGUUUGUGGGGAGAAGAAUUUAAUAAAUAAAAUCUAAUGACACUUCAUGGCUACAUACCUGAAGUCCUUUAGAGACUAAAAGUUAAUUUCAGUUGUCUGACACUCAGGCUAUUAUUUAAAUGAGAUAUUUUCAGCUGUGAACAAUUUAAACCUAAAUCCAUCAUAUGCAGAGCUCAAGCAAUUAAUUGAGAUAGGAGCAAACCAGAUUCCUCCUAGAAACUAAUACUCAGGCUUCAUUGUUCAGCUAAAAUUUCACUAGGGUGAGGAAGGGACUAUAUGAAAAAGCCAUGCAUCUGGAGCUACUUUUAUAUGAGUUGCCUUAUUAAGAUGCAAAAUAGAUUUCUACAUCUCACUGUUGUUAAUUAUUUUGUAUUACAAAACAGAGAACAAGAAUUGAGAACUAAUAAAUUGCAAGAUUUACACUCCUUAAUAGGAUCAUGCUCAGGAUCAUUGUCAAGCCUAACUAUCUCUUUGGUUUUGUUUUUAAUAUCCUAAACAAAUUAACAACACAAUUAAAGCCAGAUGGAUAUAUUAUCUGUGAGGGAAAAUAUGCUCCCUUUACAUCUCAUUCUUUUUAGAUUUUGAAGAGAAAAUGAAUUUAAUCAGUAAAGGUAGCAAGAUUGUGUAAGUGUGUAUAUAUUAGAGAGAAAAAGUUUAAAAACACAGCUAACUGGUAGUUCUAAAUAACUUAUACAAUAGUAUUUGUAGACUGAUAACUUGGGUGUGACUUACACAAUUGUUAAAAAAAAAGAGUUUAAUUUAAAUUUUAAAAUUAAUUUUAGAAAGCUUAGCUCUCAAAUUCAUGGCAUAUUUAACUAUCCUAUUCUGAAAAAUGAGGAAAAUGCUUACUCUUUAAAACUCUUAACGCAAUUUUAGAUGGGAGAUAGGAUAUGUCUCUGGAAUGUAGUAAAUUCUUUUGUGAAAAAUAUUCACAACAUAUGUACCUAUUUCUGCUUUACCUAAAAAAAUAUUCAGAGAAUAUAUUCUUUGAGAAGAACUCUUAAAUACGUAAAUCAUAGUUCAAUCAUUGAAAUACUGCCACAAUAUUAUAUUCCACUGUGCAUACUGAUGCACCCAAUUACAUUGUUAUCCAUUUUCACUUUAAAAAAGUCACGUGAAUGACCAUACCUGAGCCCAACUGCCUUCUUCAGACUCUUUCUGUAUUAUCAGCAGGAAGCAAUUAGUAAAGCAGGUAAAAAGACAAUAAAAAUUAGUUAUAAAAAGUUGUGAUUUUCAAAUGCAUGUUAAUUAAAAUAUACAUAUAAAGUGCAUUAAUAAAAUAAAUCUGGCCAGUGGCAAUGUCUUGGGCUAAACUACCCCGAAAAUUAUAAGACCAAAACCAUAAUAUGAAUUUUCAAGAGAGAAAAUCAUUAUAUCUUGGUGAAAUUUUACAGCAUUAUUUAAACAUUCUUCUCAGUUUCACAAUUAAAAUACAAAAUUUAGCUAAAAAUUUGGGCAUUAGAGAUGUAAUUUUUUGUUUCUAGUUUGAUUUUGAAACAUUAGCAGUAAAAAGAUUUCUUCUUGAGAAAGUAUUGUAAAGGAGCUUUUUGCAUAACAUUUUUUAUGGAAAAAUUCUAUUUUCUAGCUGGCCAGUUAAACAGGAUCAACUCUACUUCUUGUCACUUCAGUGCUGUUAUAUUUGCAUUUGUCUUUACCAAGAAUAAUAAAACUGGAAAUGAGCUCAGCUUAAAAAAAAAAAAAAAAGAGAAUUGGCUUCCUUACUGCUGAUGGGAAAACAUUAAAUACUACAAGCAUGAACUUUGAAGAAAUAAUUCUUUACUACAUCAAAAUUUAGCUCCAGAACCUCUCCCACCAUUUAUGGAUGGGGCUGACUAUGAAGUUUGCCAAACUGAAGAUCAUUUUUUUCAGAGUUCUCACUGGAACAUUGCAUCAUGUUUCAUAAGCACAUUUAUGAAGUUAUGAUCUAAUGUUAACAACCAAAACCUAAAGUAACAUAUAUUCCAAAUU